AUCCCUGAGGCACUUCAGCCCCAGGUGUUGUUGCCGCAGCAUCCUUCCGUCCUUGUCAGCCAUUUUCACUCGCUUGUCAACGACAAUCCUUCUUUGGCGAAUAUCAAUGCGAUCAAUGACAGUCUUCUUAAUCUGAUACAUAGAGAAGCAAUUUCCCCUUCCGCAUACCGUGUUUGGCUUCCGAUUGCUUUGCGACAUUCAUCACACUUCCUGCCUGCGGCACUGCGUGACACCGUUUCUGCAGGCGUGCGCAAAUCUGCGAUUCGCGUCCUCCGCAGUCUGUUUCAUAACCCACGCUGGAAAGUCCAAGGUUGGGACCAUCUUGGUGGAGCUGCGGGAAUUAGAGAUGUCCUCGACACACUUCCAAUUGCCGAAGUGAAGCAAUUUGUCGGAGUAAUCGCCGGUUACAGCUAUUGUUCCAGCAGGGAGCAGGCUGCAGCAUGUUUCGAGGAGUUGUUAGCUUUGGUGGAGAGAUCCGAGGAUUCGAGUCGCAGAUCGCUAUCUAAAUAUAUGCGACCAUUGCGUGCACAUUGCAGUCGUCAAAAUGUGAUUGAGCUAUUGGCGUCAUCGCCACCAGAUCUUGGGCACUUCUUGAUUCGCCUUGCCCCGUUGCAUACGGAUAUCCUCCGACAGGCGGUGACUGGGACAAUCCAUAUGCCUCUAGAGGUGCGCUUGGAGAUUAUAAUUGUGUGCAACGAUGUCCUGAUGGGCUCAAAGAACGACUAUGUGCCGAGAUACGCCACAGGCAAAGAGUUUCAGUCAGACUUCUCACCGGGGUUUGCAUUUAGUAUGGACCUCUUGCACGUUUUACCACUAUAUCGUUCCAAAUGCCCCGAUUGGCUUAUCAACGAUAUCCCACGAGAGAUCAUUCGAUGGUGGUCUAUUGCAAAGGUGGGGAGCUCUGGAGACUCCGGGUCUAAUUCGAUCAUGGAAAAGGUCCAGCGGAGACACGAACCACGACCGACGGUAGCUCACCAAGAGAUACUAAAAAAGUUAGUGGUCGAAGAAGUGUUGCAGCAAAAAGACGACAAGCUUGACGUGCAGCGGCGCCGGUAUGACUUUACGAGAACAGUGGUUGGCCUUCUCUCACUAGUGGGUAGAGAAUGCAGGAUUGAGCUUCUUUGGUUGAUUUGCAAGCAUUCUCCCUUUCUCAAUUUCGAUAUAAGGACAGUAACCCCUUCAGAACGAGAAGUGCAGCUCGUGCCGGUCUGGGAUUAUGCUGUUCUACAGAAGCUGCCACCUGGAGAUGCGAAGUACUUGUUCAGUCGAUCCCUGAGUAUCUACCACUGCGAUGAGUUUCUACCCAGUCCUGGUGAGGUGGGACGAGAGCCAUGGUCUCUAUCAUGGAAAGAGCAAUGCUUUCUCUGGGCAGACGCAGAGAUAGCAACCGCUCAAACAAUUGAUGAUCUUGUGAUGACCCAGAAAUUGAUCAACGAGAUGAAACAGAAAUCAAUGCGUCAAAGGGAUCACUCAGAACGGCUGGUAUGGGCGGAAACAGCGAUACAGGUUGCCGCCAGGACGAAGUCCUUGGAGAUUUUCUGCGACAUUGUUGACUGGAGCAAGCGCUUUCUACGAGACCCGCUCGUGUUUCCCGGCAUUAUGAAUCAAAUUCUCUCCAAUGGUGGCCGCAUUCUCUCCUGUCAGAACGAUAAGAAAACCAUGAAGGUAGAAUCAAAAGCCGACCUUGUGGUCCUUGCACAAAAAGCAAACGGACUUCUAAUGGAUUUACUCAAGACAAUAUUGCUCUGGCUUCGGGAGCCUGGGGUUCGGCCAAACAUGAGAGCAAUGAAAACGGUAAGUAACAAAGUGUUCACCCUCUUAUCCAGCACUGUCAACGGUCGCAUGGAAGCAGUGAGACAAUACACAAAAGGCGAUCUCGCCACCGAGUCUGGGUCGGUGGAUAUAUUGCUCGGGUCACUAGUACCAAUCGUCAUCGAUUACGAGCGUGAAGGCAAUUCAGAAGAAUACAUGGAUGUCCUUUGGAGUGGCACGGAAGGAGUGCUGAGAAAUGUCGAAUGCCCAGAGAGCCCAAGUUCCGCAGAACUUGCAUUUAUGGAUCGAAUCGCACGCAAAAGAGAUGAAUUUUGGCAGCAGAAACGGGUUAAUCGCAACCCAGAUAUUCUUACUUUGGACCAGGGGUUGCCUAAAGGCCUUGCAGUUCAAAAUUUAGUUCCUGGUACUACAUGGCUUUCCCACAUCCUGGAACGUCAAAACGAAGCACCUUAUGUGUCUUCUAGGGCCAACGAGGUUAUUUUCGCACCGGUGGAUAUCCUCAUGGCUGUACCACCAGACGGCGCUAGACCUGAUGGAAAGUUCGUGGAUCGGCUUGCAGUUUUGAUCCGCGCUUACAUGGGACGUGGUAAGAAGCUAGAGAAGGAGAAGCGUAUUAUGAAAAUCUGGGAGUACUAUUCCACGAUCCUUCAAUCGCGUCUACUGAACCUCAGACUGUUCCAAAAUUGGUUGGCCGACCUAGCUCGGAACUCCGGUAUGGAAGGGGCAGCCAACAGAAUCCAACCAGACAUAUCUUUAACAUUGAGUAUACCUGCCGUAUCGGAAAUGUUAGUCGAAUGGGAUCCCUUAGGGGGACUACAGGACGAUAGCGAGAUGUUAACUGGAGAGAAUGAGAGCCGUUCACCGCAUUCUGGCACCAUCCUGAACUCCAGAACUUCAUAUUUCUUUACCUCCGGCAAGCUGAGACUUGGGCCGGAAGCUAAAAAGGAAAACCUGCUUUCAAUCUGGAAACUGAGGCGCCAAUCCCUGAAAGAGGUGCCUACAGAGUGCUCUACAGCCACUCGUGAAGCUGUUAUACUUUCUGCUCUCCUCUUUCUGGACACCUUCGCCAAGAAUGGUAGGAUCCUGAGAACAAAGUUCCCAGAUGAAGAAUAUCCCCGCUAUCCGGCUACUUAUCUGGCCGGCGAAUUCAUCACACGAUUGAAUGAUACAAAAACAAGAGAUUCAAUGCAGCAUGCAAUAAGUGCGUUGAAAGAAUUCCGUCAGGACGUCCCGAGUACUCUAUUGAGAGACCUUAUUUGGUCCUUCAUGGACGCAUUGAAGGCAGAUCCAGAUGCACCGCUAUAUCCAGAUCUUGUGUGGUGCAUGUUCCAACUGCUCAAGGUGCUUCUGUCCACUAACCAGCCUCAAGUCAUCGUCGAUGUGGUUCUAAGGAUAUGGAAAGACUUCCCAAACGAAUCGUCCUAUCAUCGCGCGGUGAGUCUUGUCAAGGUUGGCAACGUUAUGACUCCAAGCCAGGCUAGAGCGUUCGUGCUUGACUUUUCUGCUUAUGUAUGUGAUGCUUUAAAACAGCAACAGCAGCCGGGAAAUGACAAAUGCAAGCCUUUGAUCAAAGUCACAACUGUCAAAAUGCUUGCACAAUCGCUUGCCGAGGCGCGGUUUCUCCCUCAAGCGAUGUGUUUACAAAUCCUUCGUGACAUCUACAAUAUGAGUCGGCAUAUUGACAUCCGCGUUGCUCUGUUGAAUUCGAUACUGGAAAUUGUUAGUCGUAACAACGACGCCGAAUCGUAUAUGCUUUUCUCUUCCAUGGUCCUAUCCGCGGCAGGGCCUAAUGAGGAAGUCACUACUACCGAGGAAGAUUGGCAAGUUGCAGAGCUUGGAGGUCCACUGCCUUUCAUCGCUGCAGAAUCCGAUCGUCCAAUCCUGCAAAUAGUGGUCCAGGAAGCCUCCAGAAAGCUCCCUGAAAGAUUGAGAUCAGAUUAUGUUCACAAGGUCCUAUUACCAUUGCUGCAGGAAUCUACCCGCCAGCAUGUCCGAUGGAUGACAUGCUUUCUCCGGAAGCUCGACCUUUCCCUCUCUGAAGUGGGCCUUUCAAACGAAGAAGUAGGCCCCUUUUCGCGGAGACUGGUGAAUGAGAUCUUUUCGAAGUGGUGGAGAUAUCUUCCCGCUGCGUAUAUGAAAACACAACAACGCAGUUUGGCACUCAGCUAUCAACAACGCUAUACAUCUUUUAACCAGAUAGCCGAAAGACUUGCCACCACCAGGCACCCUUCAAGGCAGAGUUCUAGUGCAAGAGGUGAGUGGGAGGACUUUUUCAGAGCCCACAGAGACCAAUCUCCUCUUUCUCAAUUAACCGGGCUCUUGACGAUCGACUCGGAUGCCCCGGGCGGUAUAACCAUUGAAAGCAUCAUCCAAGAGUACAUUUCACGUGCAGAAAUCAUGAUCAAACACCCAAUCCGGUACGACACGACAUUGGAGAAACAAGUCCUCCACUCAAGAUUACCACUAGAGAUAUUACAUGAUCUGAGAAGAAAGAGAUCCAGUCAUUGGGACGCAGACCUUGUCCGCCAGGAAGAGCUUUAUAUUCGCAUCACGGGGCUCAUGGAGAAGAUAAUCCAACUAAUUGACAGGCUCCGAACAGAUGGGUGGGCAUCGAAUCUCAGCAGCUAUGCCGUACCGCUUCCAACUCCUCUCCAAUGCGAGAUUGUUUUGCUGCCCUCUCCUCGGUACAACCCAGUGUCGCCUGCAGGGGUGUUGGACGAGUUUGCCGCUGAAAUCACAGGCCUGAUCCGCAAAUAUGAAAGUGACCCAGCCUUGCUUACGGAAUUCGAUUCCCUCAAGAGCGUGAUAGGCGAGGUUCUGGAAGAAGACGCAGUAGCGUGUGCACUGUUCAUUGGAAAGAUUGACUCGCAGGAACACGCACAAGGCUUUGUGGAGAUGUGGUUCAGGGUCAAACUAGCACAGACUUUAUUGGCGAACAUGACUCUGAGGGCUAUCCAGUCCAAUGAGAAUGUCAAAGAUAUGGUCAGAACAUGGAAAACAAGCGGCCACGAGUUGAUACGGCAAGUGGGAUGGGUUGUUGAUAGCAGUCUGAAUUAGGGUGAUAUGAUGGAUGGAAUAAUAAUCGGAACUAUCUACUAUCUACGUGUCUACGGAGUACUCCGUAUCAUGUGUUAACACUUAACAGACGAUGUACCCGGGUAUUUUCUUCGAUGCCGCUGCCAACUGACCUGGUGUCAUUUUCCAGGAUUAUUAGAUGACGACGUAGUAGUUUCAUAAGCUAGGGCAUGUACCAUGAAGCUGAGCGUCACCUUAUUAUUAUUUUGCGACUGUCUGAUUUUCCAAUAAUAAUUGUCCGUACCGGAGUGUCCGAUGUUCUAGAAAACUUUGACUGAACUGAAUUACACGUGCUCCC